AAAUCUCCAGAGACAGGUAUAAAUCCCUUCUUUGUGUGGGUUUUAGUUGCUAUUUAUUACCACUCCCUUUCCUCCCCUAAUGUCUGGCCUGUUCUCUCUCUCCUUUCAGGUCUACUAGAAGAUCCCGGAUCAGAUGCUUUGAUGGAAACUUUUGGUUCCUUGGAAUGUAAAUACUACAUUGAGUCCCAGGAAGUGCCCUGCAGCAUAACUUGGAGGAGAAACACUCCUAACAGUUUCUCCAGUACCGAUGGUCCCCUGGUGAAGGCUGACGAGGAAAAUGAGUUGUUGGUGCUGGUAGAUUCGAAGGACUUUCUCAAGCGUCUCUUUUCUAUAACUCAGAGUUUAAGAGAAGCCCCAUCAGGGAGCAGGCCUGAUCAGCCUUUGGACCGUCUGAAAGGCCCCUUCCUAAAAUCCUACAGCCUGGCUGUCCAUGGACUUGGCACCUACAGGUGGUAUGAUCUGCAUCAGGACAAGCAGUGGUCACUGAGACCUGGAGAGCAGAGCAGACAGGAGGAUCCCAGAUUCCAGCCCAGCCCAGAGCUGUCUACGACGCAGCAGGAGAUAGAGAAGGGGCUGGUGGUGCAACUGCUCUGGGGUAACACUGAGGUCUGGUUCCUGGACACAUGGCAUGAGUUGAGCCAGCAUGUUUCUGCACUGACCAAGACAAUAGCAAAACACCCAUACAAGAAACAGCUGGAGACCCAACUAUUCUCCUUCUGCACUGAUGGGGGCUGGUCCAGUGGCAUACGUGUGGAGAAGGACGGGAUGGGACUGCAACAGGUGUGGAAGAGACAAAUCCAGCAGUUUAACAAAGUUAGCCCUGUUGCGGGCUAGACAAAUCCAGCAGCCAUAGCAGCAGCAUACCCUUCCCCAAGCCUACUACUUCAGGCCUAUCAAGAGUGCAGCACAGAGAAGGACAGACUCCUCCUGCUGCGUGACAUUUGGGUAAAAGCAGAGGAUAGCAGGAGAGAACGACAGCUUGGGCCAGACUUAUCCUGCCAAGUCUCUCUCUUAUUGACAUCCACUAAUCAAGACCUUGUUUUGGACUUAAGUGCUUAGUGGAUUUUGAAAAAUUUAUUAGAGCAUAAGCUUUCGUGGACUACAGCCCAUUUGUUAGUCUCUAAGGUGCCACAAGUACUCCUGUUCUUCUUUUAGUGAAUUUUGGGAAAUGAUGGGGUUGGUCUGUCCAGAUGUUAAAUCUAGCAGUGCCUGAGCUAUCAUUAGCUUAGCAGUGCUGCUCUGAAUCCAGCCUCUUGAGGCAGUGGAUUCUGCUUCAGAAUGGAGACUUGUACUUCAAGACAUUUCUCAUUACAGAUGCUGGCUUCAGCCCCAUGGCUCCAGUUUUGCUAUUUAAAUAAAUACCCUUCCUUGCGCAUCCAUGGGCAGAGCAGAGUAAAAGCUGGUAGUCUUAGAACACAACAGUGCAGCCAGGAGUACAGUGAUCUCUCCCUGGGCAGCAUGAGAUUAGUACUCCUGUGUCAGCCAUGCAGCAAGACCUUGGCAGGCUUAGCCUCUCUUGGCUGCUUUAUAGACCUGAUUCGUAACCUCCCUGCUCCCCACAGGUCCUUGUGGGAGAUGGUCUGGUUAGGCUCCUGACUCCCAGCACCACCACCCUGGCUGUUGUCUCCUGAGUGGGGUAGAACCACUUUAAAGGUGGCGGGGGGGAGGAAUUAACCAGUGGUCUUGACUACCUGCUGGCCUAGAGGGGAGUAGCUUAGCUGUGAGAGAGCAGACCAGACUAAAAUGAGUAAAAUCAUCUGCACUUGGAUAGCUGGGCUCCCCAGCCGUCAAUGCCAGGCUAGCUAGAGAAAACUCUUGAACAAAAAGGGAGUGUGUAUUAUUCCACCCCAGAGAUGUUAAGGUCAACUGCUUUAAAAAUGGCCUCUCGCUGGGUUCCCAAACUUUGACCACUAGUGUUUGAAUUUUGAUAGGUACUUAGUACUCCCAGCUCCCCUUGACUCUCGGAACUGUGGAUUUUGAAUGCUUCUGAAAAUAAGGCCCUAGCUCUUUAAGUUUGGGUUUCCGUGUUGAAAUGAGAAUCCUCUCUUGCUUCAGUGGGUCUCCAGGUAGCAUUGCUCACUUACUUGGAGGAGGGAAACUAGGGACAGCAGAUGAAUAAAAAUCCUUGUUUCCAAUGGCUGUUCCAUGGGGAUACGUUCUUCCAAUAAACUAAUUUAAGUAAACAAGCUGGCUAGGUCAUUGUGUUGCCAAAGAAAUUUCUUGUUCAACCAUGUUAAGAUAUAGAUAUUCAGGCCUGUCUGUAAAGGCCUAUAUUUUAAGAAUUUAGGUGUAUUCUUAUCACUUAGCUAGUUAUAGAGGUAUAAAAGAACGAAUCAAAAUCACUUUCUGUAUGUGUAAGAGCCUUCUUUCACUGACAGUCUGAGGCCUGGUUCUUAGGCUAAGGCCUUUGGCUAAGCAGCAGAGGCAGCCAUAAACUGGGAAAUGCAU